CCCAUAGUUUUUCAUGUUCCUGCUACUUAUAGUAAUAAAGUAAAAAUGCAUGGUUGGCACAUGGAUACAUUAGAAGAACCUAGGGACAAUACAGACAUAUUUCCACCGAAAGGAAAUCUUUUUAAAUCAUCAUAUAAAAGAAUAGGAACAGAAGAUACUCGUACAGGAAUUUCCGAAACACAGGCAAUGUUGUCUCAGAUAGAAUUGAAGGAUUUGUACAAACCAGUUUAUCCGCAACGUACUUUACAUAAAAUGAGGGCUCUUGCAUAUGGACAGAUAGAAGAAGAAAAGGAAUCUACAUUAACAGAUUUAUUAUAUGAUUCUGAAGAAGCUAAACAUAUGGAUUAUAGAACAACACAAGAAAUUCAUUAUAGAUUACCUUAUCCCAUGAAGCCAAGAUCAUUACUACCUCCGCCACCACCAGAACCAUGGUUGUUAAAUAGAAGAACUAUUGGUUAUAGUCUUGAACAAUUAGAAAAAAGGGAUGGUGUAAAUACAUUUUUGGAUGAUAACAUGGAGCUUCAUAGGAAAAUAGCUGAUUUAAAAAUGAGAAGGAAUAAGUUACAUGAAGUAACAUCUAAAAAUUAA